AUGAGCGUCCGCCCGGCUGCCCAGGACGGCUCCCCCAGAGGGGAGGCUGCAGGCCCGGGGAGGAAGUGUGACAGCGGCGCGGCGGCUGGAUCCCCGCGGCACCAGCAGCAGCAGCCACCCAACCUCCGCACCAAGGAUGCCCGCUUCCAGCACCAGCAACAACAGAGGCACCACCACGGAGGGCCGCAGCUCCGGCAGCCGUCCUCCGCACACUCCGAGCCGGCCGACACGGUGCGCCGGGCGCUGGACUUCAAGACGCAGGGCACCCAAUGCUACAAGGACAAGAAGUACCGGGAGGCCAUCGGGAAGUACCACCGCGCUCUGCUGGAGAUGAAGGGUCUGUGUCGCGUGCUGGGAGACCCGGACACUGGCUCUGCUGGGACCGGGUCCAGCACCCCCAAGUCCCCGCCGUCGCUCCUCCUGACGAGCCGCGGUAAGUCCAGCCCGCUGACGGAGGAGCAGGAGGGGGCCGUGGAGAACGCGGAGCUCGAGUGCUACAACAGCCUGGCGGCCUGCCUGCUGCAGAUGGAGCUGGUCAACUACGAGCGAGUGAAGGAGUACUGUCUCAAGGUGCUCCGGAAGGAGGGGGAGAACUUCAAGGCCCUGUACCGCUCCGGCGUGGCCUAUUACCACCUGGGGGACUUCCAGAAGGCCCUGCACUACCUCAAGGAGUCCCACAAACAGGAGCCGUCCGACACCAACGUCAUCCGCUACAUCCAACUGACGGAGCUGAAGAUCCGACGCACCGCCCAGCGGGACAAGAAGGAGGCGGCAUGA